CGGUGGCGGGUCCCGGCCGCGGGGCUGGCGGGCUGAGGGGAGAAAAGAUGGCGGCGGCGGCGGCAGCUGGUGCGGCCUCCGGGCUGCCGGGUCCAGUGGCACAAGGAUUGAAGGAGGCGUUAGUGGAUACGCUCACCGGGAUCCUAUCCCCAGUACAGGAGGUGCGGGCGGCUGCUGAAGAACAGAUUAAGGUGCUGGAGGUGACGGAGGAAUUUGGUGUUCACUUGGCAGAACUGACUGUAGAUCCCCAGGGGGCACUGGCAAUCCGUCAGCUGGCAUCAGUCAUCUUGAAACAAUAUGUGGAGACUCACUGGUGUGCCCAAUCAGAGAAAUUUAGGCCUCCUGAAACUACAGAAAGGGCAAAAAUUGUUAUCCGGGAGCUAUUGCCUAAUGGGUUGAGAGAAUCGAUAAGCAAAGUGCGCUCCAGUGUGGCCUAUGCAGUGUCAGCCAUUGCCCACUGGGACUGGCCUGAAGCUUGGCCCCAACUCUUCAACCUGCUCAUGGAGAUGUUGGUGAGCGGAGACUUAAAUGCCGUCCAUGGAGCCAUGCGUGUGCUGACAGAAUUCACUCGAGAAGUGACAGACACACAGAUGCCACUUGUUGCUCCUGUCAUUCUCCCAGAGAUGUAUAAGAUCUUCACCAUGGCUGAGGUAUAUGGUAUUCGAACCCGUUCCCGAGCUGUGGAAAUAUUUACCACUUGUGCCCAUAUGAUCUGUAACAUGGAGGAGCUGGAAAAGGGUGCAGCCAAAGUCCUGAUCUUUCCCGUGGUGCAGCAGUUCACAGAGGCCUUUGUUCAGGCCCUCCAGAUACCAGAUGGCCCCACAUCUGACAGUGGGUUUAAGAUGGAGGUCCUAAAGGCAGUGACAGCCCUAGUGAAAAACUUCCCAAAGCACAUGGUGUCCUCCAUGCAGCAGAUUCUGCCUAUUGUUUGGAACACCCUAACCGAGAGUGCAGCUUUUUAUGUGAGGACAGAAGUAAAUUACACAGAAGAAGUAGAAGAUCCUGUGGAUUCUGAUGGUGAAGUCCUGGGCUUUGAAAAUCUCGUCUUUAGCAUUUUUGAAUUUGUCCAUGCUCUACUAGAAAAUAGCAAAUUCAAAAGCACUGUUAAGAAAGCCUUGCCUGAAUUGAUUUAUUAUAUUAUCCUGUACAUGCAAAUCACUGAGGAGCAGAUUAAAGUAUGGACAGCCAACCCCCAACAGUUUGUAGAAGAUGAAGAUGAUGAUACAUUCUCCUAUACUGUUAGAAUAGCAGCUCAAGACUUGUUGCUGGCUGUGGCCACAGAUUUCCAGAAUGAAAGUGCAGCAGCCCUGGCUGCUGCAGCUACUCGACAUUUACAAGAAGCCGAGCAAACCAAAAACAGUGGCACUGAGCACUGGUGGAAGAUCCAUGAGGCAUGCAUGCUUGCCCUAGGCUCAGUGAAGGCCAUCAUCACUGACAGUGUGAAAAAUGGCAGGAUUCAUUUUGACAUGCAUGGGUUCCUGACCAAUGUCAUCCUUGCAGACCUCAACCUCUCAGUGUCUCCUUUCCUCUUGGGCCGGGCACUUUGGGCUGCCAGUCGAUUCACUGUUGCUAUGUCCCCUGAACUGAUCCAGCAGUUCCUACAGGCAACAGUUAGUGGUCUUCACGAGACACAGCCCCCGUCAGUUCGAAUUUCUGCAGUGAGAGCCAUCUGGGGUUAUUGUGACCAACUGAAAGUAUCAGAGAGUACCCAUGUGCUCCAGCCCUUCCUCCCCAGUAUCCUGGAUGGCUUAAUUCACCUAGCAGCCCAGUUCAGCUCAGAGGUCCUCAACCUGGUGAUGGAGACCCUGUGCAUCGUUUGUACAGUAGACCCCGAAUUCACAGCAAGCAUGGAAAGCAAAAUCUGCCCCUUCACCAUCGCCAUUUUCCUAAAGUACAGUAAUGAUCCCGUCGUCGCCUCACUGGCUCAGGACAUCUUCAAGGAGCUGUCCCAGAUUGAAGCCUGUCAGGGCCCAAUGCAAAUGAGGUUGAUUCCCACUCUGGUCAGCAUAAUGCAGGCCCCAGCAGACAAGAUCCCUGCAGGGCUCUGUGCGACAGCCAUUGAUAUCCUGACAACAGUAGUACGAAAUACAAAGCCUCCCCUUUCCCAGCUUCUCAUCUGCCAAGCUUUCCCUGCUGUGGCACAGUGUACCCUUCACACAGAUGACAAUGCCACCAUGCAGAAUGGCGGAGAGUGCUUGCGGGCCUAUGUGUCAGUGACCCUGGAACAAGUAGCCCAGUGGCAUGACGAGCAGGGCCACAAUGGACUGUGGUAUGUGAUGCAAGUGGUGAGCCAGCUCCUGGACCCCCGCACCUCAGAGUUCACUGCGGCCUUUGUGGGCCGCCUUGUUUCCACCCUCAUCUCCAAGGCAGGGCGGGAGCUGGGGGAGAAUCUAGACCAGAUUCUUCGUGCCAUCCUCAGUAAGAUGCAGCAGGCAGAGACGCUCAGUGUCAUGCAGUCCCUGAUCAUGGUGUUUGCUCAUCUGGUGCACACUCAGCUAGAACCUCUUUUGGAGUUCCUGUGUAGCCUCCCAGGACCUACUGGCAAACCUGCUCUAGAGUUUGUGAUGGCUGAGUGGACAAGCCGACAGCACCUGUUCUAUGGACAGUAUGAAGGCAAAGUCAGCUCUGUGGCACUCUGUAAGCUGCUCCAGCAUGGCAUCAAUGCAGAUGACAAACGGCUACAGGAUAUCCGUGUGAAGGGAGAGGAGAUCUACAGCAUGGAUGAGGGCAUCCGCACCCGCUCUAAGUCAGCCAAAAACCCAGAACGCUGGACAAACAUUCCUUUGCUGGUCAAGAUCCUAAAGCUGAUCAUCAACGAGCUCUCCAACGUCAUGGAGGCUAAUGCCGCUCGCCAGGCCACUCCUGCAGAGUGGAGUCAAGAUGACUCCAAUGAUAUGUGGGAGGACCAGGAGGAGGAAGAGGAGGAGGAGGAGGAUGGUUUAGCUGGCCAACUUUUAUCUGACAUUCUUGCUACAAGUAAAUAUGAGGAGGAUUACUACGAGGAUGAUGAGGAAGAUGACCCUGAUGCCCUGAAGGAUCCUCUCUAUCAGAUUGAUCUGCAGGCGUAUCUCACAGAUUUCCUCUGCCAGUUUGCUCAGCAGCCCUGCUACAUAAUGUUUUCAGGCCACCUUAAUGAUAACGAGAGGCGAGUUCUACAGACCAUCGGCAUCUAAAAAGGGGAGCUUUUCUCCAUUUGCUCCUUCUGGCCCAGCCGCAAACCAUUUUGCAGCCCUCACUGGCCUUGAGAUGCACUUUCUUCUCAACCUAAAGUGGCAUCUUGACACUUGGCCCUUGGCCUCGGGAGUGACACUGAUGACAACUCAGACCAGGCUCACCAGUGCCGUCACUUAGGAAUGCUGGAACAAAGGACAUUUCUCAAAGUUCCCCUGAAGACAUACCAUCUCUAGAACCUUUUUUCUCCCUGACUCUACCCCCACCUCUGUUCCUAGAGCCCUCUGCUGGCCAGUCCAGAAACAUUAUUGCCCAGAAGGAUUAUGUGUUUAUGGAUUAUUUUGCCCCGCCUCAGGAGCACAGGAAGUCACUACCAUUUAUAUUCUGAAACAGACCUAUCUGUGUUCAUAGGACUUCUGAUUUUUUCAGAUAGGAAUCCUCGUGAGAGAUCAUUAUGCUUUGUGCCCUGGACCACUGCUGCUCUGGGUUCUCAGGAGGAACAGGCAGGAGCAGCUUCAUUCUAAGCCUUUCCAGUGACCUCAGCCCUGCUUCCCUUCUACAACACUAAGGCUCCUCUGUCAGAGGAGGUCGUCUUGUUUUUGCCUCAUUGCAUGACAUAACCCUUCCCCUCAAGCUGUUCCUAUAUAUACAUGCACACACAAAAUAAGCCAGACAGAUGGCAAUUUGAUUUUCCUUUUUUAGAAAAAAAAAAAAAAAAAAAAUGGGAAAAAAGGGAAUUUUUUUUAAAUGCACAUGACCCAACUAUAUUUAAUAUGCCUCUCCCACACAUUACCACAGAGUCUGAUAUUCAGAGGUUAUCCCCUCUCCCUCAGGAAGCCUCUAAAGUGGUUAAGUUGUAGCCCUCAAAUUUGCAACAUGUAUUUUUCUAGGACAGUAAAGUAAUCUUUACAAAUGAAUUUAGUUGCAUGGUAUAAGGUGUCUCAGCACCUGUUUGCCUUCUAUUCCCUUUAGAAGGUAAGUAAAAGUAGUGGGGGAAAGGAUUAGGUGGAGCCUAUCUAAACAUUCUAGUGUGUUUUGGAAAACCUAGCCUGAAAUGAUUCUUAGAGAACUGGCAUUGUUUAAUCAAAUAUUUUUAAGGGAGAUUCCUUAAUUGGGAAGUUUAGUCUGUUUGGGGUUCAAAGAGCAAAUGAGGAUUAGAAAAUCCUGGAGAGAGGCUAGGCACAGUGGCUAAUGCCUAUAAUCCCAGCACUUUGGGAGGCUGAGGUGGGCAGAUCACUUGAGGUCAGGAGUUUGAGGCUAGCCUGGCCAACACAGUGAAAUGCCCAUCUCUACUAAAAAGACAAAAAUUAGCUGGGCAUGGUGGUGCAUGCCUGUAAUCCCAGUUAAUUUGGGAUGCUGAGGCAGGAGAAUUGCUUGCACCUGGGAGGCAAAGGUUGCAGUAAACCGAUAUCACGCCAUUGCAUUCCAGGGCGAGACUCCAUCACACACACACACACAUGCACACACACAAAUCAUGGGGAGAAAGAUGAAGCCUGUGUUCCCCUUUUUUUGAUAGUGCCCACAUCUGGUGCCCCAUUUUUAAUAGCCACAGAAUAUUUCUUUAGAUUGAUAUUCUCACAAGAAAUAGAAUAUAGGCUGGGUGCAGUGUGUCACACCUGUAAUCCCAGCACUUUCGGAGGCCGAAGCGGGUGGAUCACCAGAGGUCAGGAGUUCAAGACCAGCCUGACCAACACGAUGAAGCCCUGUCUCUACUAAAAAUACAAAAAUUAGCCAGGCGUGGUGGCAUGCGCCUGUAAUUCCAGCUACUUGGGAGGCUGAGAGGAGAAUUGCUUGAACCUGGGAGGCAGAGGUUGCAGUAAGCCAAGAUCGUACCAUUGCACUUCAGCCUGGGCAACAAGAGGAGCGAAACUCUGUCUUAGGAAAAAAAAAAAAAAAGGAAGAAUAUAAAGUGAAUCUGAAUCUCCACUCAAGGGGAUGGCCCCAAGGAUAUCGUAGCUAGUAAUGUCUUCAUGCCACUAGGUGUCCCCAGUGUUCAACCUCCAUGACUGAGAUUGGAAGAAAUAAGAGUUGAAAGUUUUUACUAUCUUUGAAAAGCCUGCGGGCAUGUUCACAAUUGUCCCGUGCCAGCCAGGUUCUGAGGCUAACUGCUUGUGCCCCUGCUGCUUCUCCACAUGGCAUUGGGGAAAUGAUGGCAGGUCUGACCAAGUGGUGCUCAGAAAACCACCCUCAGCCUUGCAGACUCACUCCAUAGUUUAUCUCAAGGCAGUGCCAGUUGGAUUUGGUGCUAAAGGCAUAAGGCCAAGUUGGCCUCUGAUUUUGGUGCAAAAGAAUGGUCUCAUGCCAGUAGCAUUGAACUGCUGAGCUUGGGAAGGCUUAAGGCUCCCACACAGACUGAGAAUGAUGGGGGACUCUCUGGGUCUACUGAUUAGGAAAAUGUUCUCUCUCUAGUGCCAAAAGUGGUCCUAAGUCCUUUGGCAAGGGUCCUUUCUGCUCUCAUGCUGAUUUGGGGGAGGACUAGGCAUCCUGCCUCAGGAGAACGUGAGUCCUGAGGAAGGGGCCCUAGUAUCACUUAAGGGCUACCCCUGGCUAACAGAUACUUGGCUGUGGUUGAGAGUAGAAGGUCUUGGACCCCUCGGUGUGCAGGUACUUAACUGUGUUUCCAGUGCAUUUUCAUGUACAUUAUCUAAUUUAACCUUUAUAACAGGUUCACAGGGUGGAUAUUCCCAUUCUGUUGAUGAGAAAAAGUUUGGAGAGACUAUGUCCACUGUCAGCAGGAAGAAAAAAGAUCUGUUGGAGGCCAGUACAUGUUGACAGAAACUCUAGACCAUAUUUUGUCUCCUGUCUUUGGCCAAAGAGAACUAGCUUCAGUCUGAAAAGGGCAGGGCUAAGUGGUUACAAGGAAUAAAAAGUUCAAGGUAAGACAAAUGAGGUAAAAAUAAAAAAGAGCACUUAGCUGCUCUGAGACAUUUUAGUCUCCUGACUCUGGUAAACAGCAGCUGGGGCACCAAGGGGUUCCCAGGAGUUUGUUGAGCUUUUAUUGGAGUGAACUGAAAGGAGGGAAUGCUGUAAGACUGAAAAGUUUAAACCCCAGGAAGGAAGCUGAUAACACAAGUUACAGUCGUAUAAGUGACAUUGAUUUGGGAAGAAUGAACCUACAACAAAUGACCCAAAAGCACCUAAAUGAGAGUGAUGAGAGUUUAAUAGAUAUUCAUUAUGGACUUCAGAGAAAAUGAUGCUAAACUGACCUUAUAGUCUUCUUUAACUUUGUUAAGUAGGUAAAAUAAUCUGGACAUAGUAAAGUCAAAGCAUUAGGGAGAUAGAGAAGUUGGUAACCACCAACUAACUAACUAGAAAUUCACCCAUUGUGGGUUGACCUGAUAUGUGCCCCCAGGGCUGUGUCCUUGGCCCCUCCUUUGAUAUUAGUGACAGAUGACUUUUUUUAUGCCUUACCCAUUCCACAAAAGAAUUUGAAGCCAUUUACACAAGAGAUAGUACUAGUAAAUUAGGAAUCCUGAUCAAAUUUUUAGAUAAUAAUAAACCCUUAGGAAGGAUGACAAUUUAGAAUCCAAAUUUAGGAUCCAAACAAAUACCAUUACAACCUAUAAAAGUGAGCGGAAUCUAAAUGUAACAUUUCAAUAAAUGCAGAUUGAUAAUAUCUGUGGAAAGAGUUGAGGACUAUAGCGUACUGUGCUCUCACUAACAGUACUGCGUGCUGCUAAGAGUUUAAUGGCCGGGUGCAGUGGCUCACACCUGUAAUCCCAGCAUUUUGGGAGGCCUAGGUGGGUAAACCACCUGAGAUCAGGAGUUCGAGACCAGCCUGGCCAAUGUGGUGAAACCCCGCCUCUACUAAAAAUACAAAAAUUAGCUGGACAUGGUGGCAGACACCUGUAAUCCCAGCUACUCAGGAGGCUGAGGCGGGAGAAUCACUUGAACCUGGGAGGCAGAGGUUGCAGUGAGCCAAGAUCACACCAUUGCAUUCCAGCCUGGGUGACAGAGCAAGGCUCUGUCUCAAAAAAAAAAUGUUUAUUAUGCCAGGAAGGCCAGGUGUGGUGCCACACCCCUGUAAUCCCAGCACUUCAGGAGGCUGAGGUGGGCAGAUCACUUGAGCCCAAGAGUUUGAGACCAGCCUGGGCAAUGUGACAAGACCUUGUCUUAAAAUUUAAAAUAAAAGAAGUUUAUUAUGCCAGGAACUGUUAAUGUGUCCAGAAAACUCCAGUGUGGUCCUAGGAUGAGAUAAUAAAAUUAGGUUGUCUAGGGUAGUGUGGAAGGUGCUUUCAGUCUUAACUGUGCCUAUCAGUGAUCCUCAUUGCUAUGUUCCCUUCUGGUGCUCAACCAGAGGCUCCCUGACAGAUGACCACUCUGCCAGAUAAAAGCUAAGAUGCAGAAGACAAAUCGUGUCAAGGAAAAGAAGCUUGAAGGAGCUAAGAAUGCUUAGCUUAGAGAAGACAAGAAGAAACAGGACAUGGCUUUGGGAAGUUCAAGCAGUGAAAUACAUCCUAUACUUUUGCACCCCAGCCAAGCUGACCCAUGAUCAAUAAGUAUGAAAUAAAAGGCCAAUUUCUGGCUACUCUUCCCCCCAACCCCAUUUCAGUGAAUGUUGAACCUCUGUUAGACGUGCAAGGCCAGUGCGAAAUGCUGGAGGGCUUUGGCCUUUUCCUUCAAGGAACUAGUCUAGUAGGGGGUCAGAAAUACAGAUGGGCCGGAACGUAAUGAUCGUUUGACUUCUAAUUUUUCAACUUUAGGAUUGUGCAAAAGCUAUGCACAUUCAGUAGAAACAGUACUUCAAGUAUCCAUACAACCAUUCUGUUUUUCACUUUCUGUACAGUAUUCAAUAAAUUACAUGAGACAUUCAACACUUUAUUAUAAACUAGGCUUUGUGUUAGAUGAGUUUGCCCAACUGUAAGCUAAUGUAAGUGAUCUGAGUAGGUUUAAGGUAGGGUAGGUGUAUUAAAUGCAUUUUUUACUUAACAGUAUUUUCCACUUUUGUUGGGUUUACUGGGAUAUAGCCCCGUUAUAAGCUGAAAAGCAUCUGUAGUAUAAUAAAUGUGGGGAGUGCUGUGAGAGAAAUAAGUAUACUGGGUUUAGUUCCCACUGCCCAAAAAAGGAAUUGACUAAUCAGGUAAGUUGUAUGGAGAAGGCUUGAACACUUGAAAGGAGCUAACAAUACCUGCUUCUGGAGUAUUUAAAUGCCAGUGGGUAUGCUAAAUACUUUACCUCACUUAGACCACCUACUAACCUUACAAAGUAGUUAACUCUGCUCACCCAGUUUUACAGAUUGAUGAAACUGAAGCAGACAGAUACUGUUAACCUAUUAAAGGUCACACUGCAAGUGGGUGAUUAUAGUCCAAGCAGCUUGUACUUGGUGCCUAUUUGUUUCACCUUUCCUGUGCAUCUGCCAGGCAGAUGAGAGCGGGGUAAGACAUUGCAGAGAAAGAGUAAGAAAAGGCCGUCAUGAAACAAUUUCAUUUUCAGACCUUAUAAGCACAUUAAAAGUACUGAUAUUUAUGCUUAAGUUCAUGGAAGCCCUGGCCAGAAGUAAAGCCGGAAGGACAAGUCGGGGCCAGAUUGUGAAGGGUCCUGCAAGACCUGCUUCCUCUAGAGAAUGGGAGACUACCCAAGAGUACUAAACAGAGAAGUGACAUGAUCAGGCUUUGUGUCUUAGAAAAGUGUUGCAGUGUUGAUCCAAAUGUGACUAGAAGGGUGACUUGGAACCUGGAUCGGAGGAGUGGGAGAUGGGAGAAAGGAAUGCAGUCUGGCAGCAGCUACAACAGUCCAGGUGGGAAAACCCAGAGCCUGGACUAAGGCUGUAACUAGAGGGGACAGGGUGGAAGAGCUGGAUUAGAGAUGUUGACAAGGUAAAGUCAGUAGGACUUAAAGACUGACGGAUUUUCCCAAAGUCAGAGCUAUGGAAUGAAUUGUCUUAAAAUGUUGUAGUGAGUUCCUCCUCAUCAAUCCAAGUGCUCAAUCAGAGGCUGGACCUUUACUUAGCAGUCACGGGAAAAUUCCCCAUUCUCACGGGGAUUUAGACCAGGUAUUAACCAUACUUUACCAAGAUUCCAGUCGCAAAGCACCCAAAAGUAAUUGUAAUAAAAUUCCAAUUUUUGUAGGCCGGGCACAGUGGCCCACGCCUGUAAUCCCAGCACUUUGGGAGGCCGAGGCGGGCAGAUACGAGGUCAGGUGUUCGAGACCAGCCCGGCCAGCAUGGUAAAACCCCAUCUCUACUAAAAAUACAAAAAUUAGCUGGGCAUGGUUUUGCAUGCCUGUAAUCCCAGCUACUCAGGAGGCUGAAGCAGGAGAAUUGCUUGAACCCAGGAGGGGGAGGUUGCAGUGAGCCAAGAUCAUGCCACUGCACUCCAGCCUGGGUGACAGAGUGAGACUCUGUCUCAAAAAAAAACAAAAUCCAAUUUUUGUGAAUUUAAGUUUCUCUAAUGGAUGGUGCAGGUCAACAUUAGCCAUCUAAUGACCCUUACAUUCCAAUUUUUUACUUUUUUGAGUAAGUGGGAAAAGGUUGGCAUUACUGCUGGCUUCUUAAAAUUGAAAAUUAUACUAGGGUUUUUAAACCGGUGUAGAAUACAUGAUGUGGAAGCAAAUGUGCUAUAGGAAGAAAAACAAUGAGGAACUACUGGCCUGACUAGGAGGCCUGGAAGUCCCUCCCAGGCUUGAGUUGUUCUGACUUGGCAUGAUUACAUAGCUGUGUCAAAUGACAUUUCCUUCAAGCCUUGGUUCUCUCAUCUGUAAAAUAGGGAACUAAUACCUGCCUCACAGGAUUGUAGUUAAGAAUUAAGGAUGACUUCAUUAAAGCACCUCUAGUGGUGGAAGAUGUCCCAUCCUAUCCCCCACCCGUAGCUGGGAGCUAUGUUUGGCUUAUUCUCCCUGACUCUCUGGAUUACACUGUGACUCAGUUCAAUUUCACACAUGCUGCUGCUAAAUUAGGGUCUUGGUGAGCCUUUGGGAGGACAGCUCUGAGGAAUGAAUUGUAGCACUGCAGCCCUGCCUGAGGAGCAGGAUAGAAACAGGUGGUAGGCCCAGCUCUUGCCUUCUACCUACUAAGCAGUUUUUCUAUGGUUAGCUGUGUGACAUUAUAAACUAUCGGUGUAUUAAUUUGCUUUCACUAGAUUUCCCACUACCCCCCCCACACACACCCAACUUAGUCCAAGAACAUACUUUAAUUCUUUGCAUUUCCUUGCCUUAGUUGCUUUUGUAGGGUGGACAGCAGGACUGCAUGAGAAUAGCUCUGCUUCUGGACCCUAUAGUGAAAGCUCUAGUGAACUGCGAUUAGGCCAGGGUCCUGGAGGAAGAAGGGGAGAGUAAAAGGGCGGGUAGUUUUCCAAAAGAUAA